AUGGAUCUCUUGGAGCUGGAAGGCACGGGCAGCGGCUGUGGGGACAGAAACUGUGGCCGAACAUCUGGCUUCUCCGAGGGGUGUUUGAACGAGGAGUGCCAGUUGGACGAACAUAUGUUUGGGUUCAUCGAGUUAGUGUGUGUGACUGUCAUUUAUAUCCCACUGAUGCUCUUUGGGCUUCUGGGAAAUAUUCUGACGAUUCUGGUGGUUUGGCUGCGACCUCACAUGAGAAGCUCUACCUACCUGUACCUGAGCAGCAUGGCCGUCAGUGACCUGCUGAUCCUGCUCCUGCUGCCUCUGGAUCUGUACAAGCUCUGGAGACCCAGCCCCUGGUAUUUAGGAGACGUGGCCUGUAAGCUCACCAUGUUCCUGUCCGAGUGCUGCACCUUCUGCACCAUCCUCCACAUCACCUUCCUGUCGCUGGAGAGGUACCUGGCCGUCUGCUGGCCCAUCACAGCCAAGACCCUGGUCACACGGCGCAGAACGAGGGCUCUGAUUGGCUGCCUGUGGCUCGGGGCGGCCGUCAGCGCAGCGCCAGUGUUGGUCAUGGUGGGAGUGGAGGAAGUUGGGAGGGAGGAGCUCAUCGGAUGGGGGGAGAGCGGAGGGUGGGAAGGAGAAAAGGAAGGAGCGUUAGGUGGAGCGGAAAGAGGGAGUGGGCACUGGGCCUCAAUGGACGGAGGGUUGGAGGGAAUACACUGGGGAGAAAAGAUAGCAGAGAAAGAAGUGGGAAUAGAGGAAAGAGAUGAGAGGAAACAUGGUGGAGGAGAAAGAGGGAGUGGAUACUCAAUGAUAGGAUUGGAGGGAAACAUUUUGGGAGAAAAGAAAGUGGAGAAAGAGGAAAGAGAUGAGAGGAAACAUGGAGCUGAGCGUCAAAAUAAAAUGAAAGAAGACGAGGGCGGAGGAAAAGGAGAGACGGAUAAAAGAGAGUGUCGCUUUACGCAUUACGCCGUCACCUCCGGCCUGCUGUCGGCCAUGAUCAUCGUCUCCAACCUGUACUUCCUGGUGCCGCUGUGCAUUCUGGGAUUGGUCUACAGCCUGAUUGGACGCACGCUGUGGCUGCGUCCUCAAAGCAGCCGCCGAGACCAGAGUCACCGGCACACGGUCAAAAUGCUGGGAGUCAUCGUCCUGGCCUUCGUCCUCUGCUGGCUGCCCUUCCAUGUGGGUCGGACCAUGUUCAGUCUUUCUCUGGGCACCAGUUCGGACAGAUAUUUUAACCUGGUGUCCUCCGUCCUCUUCUACCUCAGUGCCGCCGUCAACCCUCUUCUGUACAACCUCAUGUCAGCCAGGUACAGACACGCUGUACAAAGCCUCGUCCACACACACUCUCACACACCUUCACACCGUCCGCGCACACUCACAGCACGACACUCCACCACCACUUCGUAA